AACAUUGGAGCACCUAUAAAAUAUGAAGCAAAAAGAAUUCUUUCUUUCUGUAAAAGUUAAAACCAUGCUUCCAGAGUCUUCUGUUCAUUGUCAGCAGCAAGACAGAAUGAAUGGAUUUCUGAAGCUGAUGUCAUUUGAUGAUGUGGCUGUGUACUUCACCUGGAAGGAGUGGCAGGAUCUGGAUCCUGGACAGAGGAACCUUUAUAGAGAAGUAAUGCUGGAGACCUAUAGCAACCUAAUGUCCUUUGGCCUCUGUGUUCCUAAACCUAAAUUGAUUGUCAAGCUGGAGCAAGGUACAGAUUCAUGGAUAAGAGAAGACUCAGAAGAGAAUUUCACAGAUGUCCCAGAAAUGGAGGAAGAAAUUAGCACCUGUCAGGAAAGUCACAAUAAAUAUCUCUCUGAAGUAGCAGUCAUGAAUAGUAACCCAGGGCAGGAAAAAGUGAGACUUAUAAAAAGUUUUAAUUUGAGCUCAAAACAGAAGUCAGAACUGAUUAAGAAUAAUGGGAACUCCUUCGGAAUGAGGACAGAAAAGGUCACUGGGUGUCAGAACAUGGCUCUUUUCAGUGAACCUGGUAAGAUGUGUGCUGCAUAUAGUCCUCAUGUGCCUUCUAUAGUUGGAGAAUAUAAACAAUGUGAAAGGUCUUUCAUUGAUAAGACAUACCCUAUCAUCCCUCAGAGAAAACAGACAGGAGAGAAACCUUAUGAAUGUAACAUGUGUGGAAAGAUUUUCACCUGUAAGGCAUACCUUACUGUGCACCUGAGAAUUCACACAGGAAACAAACCAUAUGAAUGUAAUGUGUGUAGAAAGUCUUUCAUCCAGAAGUCACACCUCACUGUCCACCAGAGAACACACACAGGAGAGAAACCUUAUGAAUGUAACAUGUGUGGAAAGUGUUUCACCCAGAAAUCAAAGCUUACUCGCCACCAGAGAAUACACACAAAGGAGAAACCUUUUGAAUGUAACUUGUGUGGAAUGUCCUUCAUCUGGAAGUCAAGUCUCACUGUCCAUCAGAAAACACAUACAGGAAAGAAACCUUUUCAAUGUAACUUGUGUGGAAAGUCAUUCAUCUGGAAGUCAAACCUUACUGCCCACCAGAGAACACACACAGGAGAGAAACCUUAUGAAUGUAAUGUGUGUGGAAAUUCUUUCAUCCAGAAAUCAAAGCUUGUUGUUCACCAGAGAACACACACAAAAGAGAAUCCUUUUGAAUGUAACAUUUGUGGAAAGUCUUUCACCUGCCAGGCAUAUCUUACUAGACACCAGAGAACACACACAGGAGAGAAACCUUAUGAAUGUAACAUGUGUGGAAAGUCUUUCACCCAAAAGGCAUACCUUACUGUCCACCAGAGAAUACAUACUAGAGAGAAACCUUAUGAAUCUGUCUAA